AUGUCUCUCUACCGCUUUGUCCUCGUUGCGGGCCUCCUGCUCGGUCAGGGCUCGGCCAGCACUCCCAGCCCUAGUUCCCCUGCCGCCAGCUCCCCCGUGGCUAGCAGUGUCAACGAGCCUACAGUCACCUGUCGGACAGAGCUGGGAACUAGCUCGCUGACCCUGGUGCCUACCACCACCAUCACUCGCACCCUCCAUGACCAUACUCCCGUCGUCGUCUUUACCACCACUCAGGACACCGUCACGGUGACUCCCGACGCCACCACUGUGGUCGUGACAGACUAUGACACCACCACCGUCACUUCCACUGCUACCACAGUCACCGAUACCUUCUCUACAACCUCGACCGAUUAUACCACAGCGACAGUGACUCUCACUCCAGCUGCCGUCACCGCUACAGUCUCUUUCACCAUCUCCACCACCAGCACUAGCACCUCCACCAUUGCCAGCUCUGCAGACUUCACCCCCAUCGUAGACACGCUGCCCACUACUACUGCUGCUAAGCGGUCCUUGACCGAGGACUCCGAUUGCUCUCCUCUGUUGGACGAUUACCAGUAUCCUCAAGAAGUGGAAUGCCAUGAGAAGAUCAUCGUCAAGACCACCACCGUCUCAACCAUCACCGGCUCCCCCAUCACCGCCACCGCCGCUAUCCCCACCACCACCGUAACCGUCACCAACACCAUUUCCCAAACCUCAACAGUACUCCCCUCCGACGUCUCCACCACCCUAAGCUACAGCACCACCUCCACCAUCACCGAAACAAUCUACGCCGCCGCCGAGACCACCACCGUGACUUCCACCACCACCGCCGUGGGCGCCGUUGCGACCGCCAGCUUUUACGAAGCAUGCGGUAGCAACAACAUUGCUGGUGAUCCCCUGUCCUCGGACUUCGGCUCGUUUGCCGGCCAGUACAUGUACUACAUCACGUUCAGCCAUGUCCCUGGGGAGAGUCUGAGUGUUGGCAACACCGAUUCUGCUUACGACUGCUGCGUCAGCUGCAUGCAGAGCGCCACUUGCGCCAUGUCUUACUACAAUGCGGUCACAUCUUCUGUCAAAUACUGUUAUCUCAUCAAGACCACUACAUGCUCACAGGACACCACUUAUGCGGUGGCGUCAGUGCACAGCUCCUCGGCUACUAUUCAGAUGUCGAAUGGAAACUGUGGACAGGUCAAGGGUGCGCAGGGUUGAUGUGUCGGGGUGCUGUAUAGAUCAAACCCUUUGAGUUUGAUUACUACCUGUAUUAAUUGGAU